UUGGGAACCAGCACUAUGGCGUCGGGCUGCAAGAUUGGCCCGUCCAUCCUAAACAGCGACCUGGCCAAUUUAGGGGCCGAGUGCCUCCGGAUGUUAGACUCUGGGGCGGAUUAUCUGCACCUGGAUGUAAUGGACGGGCACCUGCUCUUCAGGGAGGUCAGUUUUUUUGAUGUGGUUAUUGUAUUUUUAUUGUAAAAUAUCCAGUAGGCCUUACUUCCUGCUUAUGUGACUCUUCAAGUUUAAGUAAACACAAGCAUCUUAUACACAACCCUGACAGUCAUUGCUCAGGCAUUUUGUUCCCAACAUCACCUUUGGUCACCCUGUGGUAGAAAGCCUCCGAAAGCAGCUAGGCCAGGACCCUUUCUUUGACAUGCACAUGAUGGUGUCCAGGCCGGAACAGUGGGUAAAGCCAAUGGCUAUCGCAGGAGCCAAUCAGUACACCUUUCAUCUCGAGGCUACUGAGAACCCAGGGGCUUUAAUAAAAGACAUUCGGGAGAAUGGGAUGAAGGUUGGCCUUGCCAUCAAACCAGGAACUACAGUUGAGUAUUUGGCACCAUGGGCUAAUCAGAUAGAUAUGGCCUUGGUUAUGACAGUGGAACCUGGGUUUGGAGGGCAGAAAUUCAUGGAAGAUAUGAUGCCAAAGGUUCACUGGUUGAGGACCCAGUUCCCAUCUUUGGAUAUAGAGGUCGAUGGUGGAGUAGGUCCUGACACUGUCCAUAAGUGUGCGGAGGCAGGAGCUAACAUGAUUGUGUCUGGCAGUGCCAUUAUGAGGAGUGAAGACCCCAGAUCUGUGAUCAACCUGUUAAGAAAUGUUUGCUCAGAAGCUGCUCAGAAACGUUCUCUUGAUCGAUGAAACCACAAGCUCAGUGUUUCUGCUCAUGAAAUCUCCUUUUUACUGGAAAACAGGAAUAUUGACUACAAAAUCACAUUUCAGGCAGUACAGCUUUUUGAAACAAUUAUUCAUUCCAGUGAUUAAAAUCUAUUUGCAGAAUGUUUUAAGAGGUUAGCAUUUGGUGUGUAUAACUCAUUUUUAGUGAUGCAAUUUAAAGAUUAGCGUGGUGAAAUACUCAGUUUUUACUGGGAGACUUGAUUUUUAUAGAGAGUAAAAAUAGGUUGUAUUAAGGUUACAAAAAUAAAUGUCUUACUGCGUCACAUGGGCAUAUUAGCUACUAUGAAAAAUUCUUUUGUAUUUCUAUGAAAAAUUUUGUUUCUCAGCUGUUCUCCAAAUGCAAAGGAAAUCCUGUGUUUUCCCUAUUUCAUGUCAUUUGUGAUUUGUUUAUAUGCCUGAUAAAAGUAGAAUGGAAUUUAAAAAUAUAGGCUUGAGUGCAAUGGCAUACCAUACAUAUUCUUUCAUAAGAAACAUUUAUUUUUCACCUUAUACUUGAUUUGUAAAAGGUAUAAAAUAUAUGUGAAGCUUAGGGGUUUUAAAAUACAAGUAUAGAUUUUUAUCAGGAGGUUUUCUUUGUCAAAGUAAGUUAUUUGAUGAUUCCUUAUUCCUGGUUUUCUUAAUAUCACCCAUCAUUCUUAAGAACAUUAAAUAAUGCUGUUGGGUUAGCUCUAAGUAGAAAGGAGAAAAGUUAAGCUUGUAUUUGGAAGUAUUAUUUGAUUGAAUUCUGACUCUUCCCCUCACUAGCUGUUUGACCUUAACAAAUCACCCAAACUUGGUUGUGUUUUUCUUUAACUCAUUUACACACAAACAUUGAAUAUAAUUAUAACAACUGCGAGGUUGUGUUGCAGAUUGAAAGAGGUAACGUUAUAUAUGUAAAACUUCUAGUACUACUAUUUCUAGAAUUUAGAAUAUGCUCAAUACAAAGUGGCUAGCAUUAUUUAUAUGAGUUUAUGUUUUGUGGGUUAUAAAAUACUUUUGAUACUUGCUCAUUAAAUCUAUGAAUCACUCCUAUAAGUGGUACUAGGUCAGGUGUUUAGUCCCCAUUUUAAAAAUGAAGAAACUAAAACUCAGAAAUAGGAUGGUAACAUGGAAAAGAUCCUACUGGCAUAGGAUUUCUGGUCUAUACUCUGUAUAAUUAGAACCCAUGGAAAAUGGGUUAAUAAAAGAAGCUUGUUUUUA